AUGGUUCAAGAAUUGAGAAUCCAAAGAGAAUUGCAAAACGUUGUGUCCGAUGAAAGCUUGGUAGGCAUAACCUUACAGAGAGAGGAAAAUGAUAUUCACCACCUCACGGCCACCAUCAUUGGCCCCGAAUCCACCCCUUAUGAGGGCGGGCUCUUUAGACUCGACAUUAAUUUACCUGUUAACUAUCCGUUUGCACCUCCUGUGGUCAGAUUCGUCACAAAAACUUGGCAUCCUAACAUAAGUAACCAGAAUGGAGACGUAUCUAUGAAUACUUUAAAGGGCGAUUGGAGUCCAGGGAUGAACCUCAAAACGGUUCUGAUUUCAAUCCAAGCUCUACUCUCUAGCCCGGAGCUUAGUGAGGCACAGAACGCUGAGGUGGCUUUGCAGUAUCUUAGAAAUCAUUCUACAUUCAUCCGUAAUGCUUGGCGUUGGACUCAGAUUUACGCAACCAACAUUAUGCCUCCUCCUCAUCUAACAAACAGGACUGCAGCAGGGAGAAGAAUGUCAAGAAAACCGGCACGUUUUGAUGACUUUUUGUUAUAA